AUGGUCGUUAAGUAUGCAGACGGCAAACCUCGCACGCACCGGAAACAUUCGGUGGUGUUCCCUUACCGGUUCGAUACUUUUACCAGUAGUGAUGAAAUACAAGUUAUUGACUCGAGUGGAUCCUUUGACUGUAUUUUUGGGAUGCCGUGGCUUGCGCGGCAUCGAACCGACAUUGAUUGGCUGAACCGUACUGUCCAGCCACGUGACAUCGAUGUUAAAGCGGUACUCGCAGUCCUUGAUUGCCCUGCCAUCGAACAGCGGUUCCUGAGUCAAGAAUUUAACCCGCAGCAGUGGCUUCGGGUGUCGCACGGUCGAGCAGCGAUUCCGCGCAUGCAAAAUCUUCCAAAACCGUUACCGAAGCAGAGGCUUCCGGUACGUCACGAGCGUGAAGUGGCACCCGUUUCCGUCCACGUUGAGGAUACCACGCCGAGGCAGGGGCCUCCGGCGAGUUACGCGGAAGCAGUGGCUUCCGUACGCCCAGUUGAUUAUCCGGUUUGUGUUUCUGUGUCGCGACGACGUAGACGGUGCCGUGCGCGUCAUCACUUCAUUGUGCCGUCGAGCUCUUCCCCGCCGACUCCGCUUCUUGAGACCAUUAAUGUCGUUAACAUGACUGGUGUUGAUCCAUCCAGCCAUCCGUCGCAAGUCGCAAUUCCGCCUCGCGAUGCGUCUGGAAUCACGCAGCUGCCGAACUUACUUGGGAAGAGAUGCUGCGUGCCAACACGGCAAACGAGAAACGACGGCGAGCAACUCCUGGCACCGUCCAACGUGUCGGUGUCUAACCAUUUGCGAACAUUUGUGGAGAGUCUUCGUGUCCGGAAGCAGUACGACUGCAGCGAAAUUGAACGUUCGCGUGGCGAUGGAGAAGUACUCGGAAAAAACGACCUCGGCUACUUAUGCCCGCAACCGAAACGCACUCAGUGGAUGUUCUUUUGUGGCGAUUGUCCGUUUUCCGAGGAGGAGCGCACGUGGAUUGGGAGUCGCUCACGAUAUCCGGAACAUCCGCGAGAAGUGUUGCGCGAGGUUCCUACGUAUCGCUAUUCGGGGGACAGCCGAGACAGCGAACGCGAUAAUAUCGUGUAUCCGGAACGAGGUUUGUCUGAGCGCGGGCGGCGCCAUGAACAGUCUGAGGCGGUUCACGAUAAUCCCGGUUUCUUUUUAGUAACUAACGUGGAUUUCCAGCGCUGUCAACCAGCGAUGGUGGACCGUCGCUCUGCAACGCAUCGUGAGGCACCGGAGUCUAAAAGACCGGUGCCGACUCCUUUGGUCGCGGCGCAUCUCCAGGAGGUUGAUCGGCGGGUGACGCUCGUAGACCAUGAUGCGAGCCAAGCACGGGAGCUGUCUGAGGCUGCGGAGAGUCUCGCGGAGGAGGCUUCUUCUGCGAUUGCUGGGUUCGCUCAGCAACCCAAGCGCUUGGAGCAGUCAAAUGCUGCUCUUCGACGAGACAACGCGGAGUUGCGCGGGCUGCGUCAGCCCAAUUCGCAAAGACCUCCGCGUUAUCGGGGAUCGCGUUAUGCAUCUGCAUCGGAUCAGUCGACGACGGGAGGACCGCCGGCUAGUAACGCUUGA